UAUUUGUUAUGUGAGUGUUUACCAAACAAGAGCCCAUUUUUAAACAAAGCCAAAUUAAGUACAAAGUAAAUAACAAAUAUGCGUUUUACACAAAUACUUCGAUUAAGGAUAAAGUGUUCAGAUCUAUCAGCUGCCAAGCAGCAAUAUGUGCCUAAACAUCAACCUGCAGUGGAGAAAGACAUAAGAAAAUUGGAAGAUUUUCUUAUGAACAAGCCCAACAUCGUAGUAUUGACGGGUGCUGGAAUAUCAACGGAAUCUGGUAUUCCCGAUUAUCGCUCAGAGGGUGUUGGUCUCUACGCGCGCAGUAAUCACAAACCCAUACAGCACAUGGAAUUUGUACGCUCACCCAGUGUACGUCAACGCUAUUGGGCUCGUAAUUUUGUUGGCUGGCCCAAAUUCUCAUCAACAGAGCCAAAUAGUACCCACCAUGCCCUAUCACGAUUUGAACGCGAAGGUCGCAUACAGUGUGUGGUAACACAAAAUGUCGAUCGUUUGCAUACGAAAGCAGGAACCAAAAAUGUCAUAGAACUUCACGGCUCUGGUUAUGUAGUGAAAUGCCUUUCUUGUGAUUACAACAUCGAUCGCCAUGAGUUUCAGAACAUUUUGAAUGUUUUAAAUCCCGAGUUUAAGGAUGCUCCUGACAUGAUACGCCCUGACGGUGAUGUUGAAAUUCCUCAAGAGUAUAUUGACAACUUCCGCAUACCACCUUGCCCAAAAUGUGAUGAUAAUCGUUUGAAGCCAGAAAUUGUAUUUUUUGGCGAUAAUGUACCCAAGGAACGUGUAAAUCGUAUAGCAGAAAUGAUCUAUGCCGGUGAUGGUCUUUUAGUUUUGGGCUCAAGUUUAUUAGUGUUUUCCGGUUAUCGCAUGGUUUUGCAAACAAAAGAUUUAAAUUUGCCAGUGGCCAUAGUUAAUAUAGGAGAAACAAGAGCCGAUCACUUGGCUGAUUUAAAGUUGUCGGCUAAGUGUGGCGAUGUUAUACCCAAGUUAUUUGAUUUCAAAAAGAAAUGAUAUUAUGGUGGGGAGUAAGAACAUAAUGCCUAUUUAAGAAGCUUUUAGUUAAAUCAAUUAAAGAGAUUUGUAAAUAUGCUUUGUAACCAUAAUAAAAAAAUUAAUGAAAGAGCUACAA